AGCAGUGUGAAGAAGAAGAGGCGGGAACGACCCUCGGACCGACCAAAGCCCUCACACGCUGCAUCCCGCGUCCAGCACCUAUGUCCCGCUGCCGUCGCCACCAUGCCCAAGAGAAAGGCUGAAGGGGAUGCUGAAGGAGAUAAAGCCAAGGUGAAGGACGAACCACAGAGAAGAUCCGCGAGGUUGUCUGCUAAACCUGCUCCUCCAAAGCCAGAGCCCAAGCCUAAAAAGGCCCCUGCAAAGAAGGGAGAGAAGGUACCCAAAGGGAAAAAGGGCAAAGCUGAUGCUGGCAAAGAGGGGAAUAACCCUGUAGAAAACGGAGAUGCCAAAACAGACCAGGCACAGAAAGCUGAAGGUGCUGGAGAUGCCAAGUGAAGUGUGUGCAUUUUUGAUAACUGUGUACUUCUGGUGACUGUACAGUUUGAAAUACUAUUUAUCAAGUUUUAUAAAAAUGCAGAAUUUUGUUUUACUUUUUUUUUUUUUAAAGCUAUGUGGUCAGCACACAGAACACUUCAUUGUUGUUUUUGGGGGAAGGGGCAUAUGUCACUAAUAGAAUGUCUCUGAAGCUGGAUUGAUGUGGGGAAAACACCUUUCCCUUCUAGUUUUGGGAGACUUCCUCUUGGUUCCCAGGAGGAGGGAUUCCCUGACUUUGACACACAUGGCCACCUUGGCACAAAAGCCUUGUGGUAUGGAAAAACAAAUUUGUUUUUAUGUCCUCUUCUCCCUUUCUGUCUUUCAGCAUAGACUUAACUCCCUUAAGCCCAGACAUCUGUUGGGAAUUGACUUGACCCGUAGUCAUUGGUUACCAGUGUGUCAGGCAAUCUGGACUUUCCAGUGAUACCACUGAGAUGGCACCUGUCAAAACAGCAUUGGUUCCAUUUCUAGAUUGUGGAUCUUCAGAUAAAUUCUGCCAUUUUCAUUUCACUUCCUGAAAGUCAGGGUCGGCUUGUGAAAAGCUGUUAAACAACAUGCUAAAUGUGAAAUGUCAACCCUCACUCUAAACUUUCCCUGUCCAGAGCAUCAGAUGAAGGCUUCAUUGGGUUUUAUAGUGGCUUUCUGAUUUUUGGUAGUCCAUUGAAGAAGGGAGUUUGAAAGUUGUUGUAUACUGUUAACGAUUGUCUGCCCAUGUCCUGCCUGAAAUACCAUGAUUGUUUAUGGAAAGUAUCUUUAAUAAAGCUGGAUACAGUUUGGCUUGG